AUGAGGGUGGUAGUUCAACUGAACGAGAGCUACUGGACUGAAGGUGACUGCGGGGGAGGAGGUCCAUGUGGAGAUGGAGAUAUAAGUUUAAAUGCAGCUGGAAAUGGAGGUGGAGCUGCAGGUGGAGCUGGAGGUGGAGUUGGAGGUGGAGGUGGAGUUGGAGGUGGAUUUGGAGCUGGAUUUGUAGGUGGAGGUGGAUUUGGAGGUGGAUUUGUAACUGUAAAUGAAGGUGUAGGAGAAGGUGUGGCUGGAGGUGGAGGUGGAUGGGGAGGUGGGUGGGGAGGUGGGUGGGGAGAUGGUGAUCAUAGUUUGGUAGGUGGAGGUGGAGGUGGAGGUGGAGGUGGAGGUGGAGGUGGAGGUGGAGGUGGAGUUGGAGGUGGAGUUGAAGGGGGAUUUGUAGGUGGAGGGGGGGGUGUAGGUGAAGGUGGAGGUGGAUUUGGAGGGAUAAUUCUAAAUGGCAGUGUUAGUAUAGUUGGAGGUGGAGGUGGGGGUGGAGUUGGAGGUGGAGUUGGAGGUGGAGGGGGAUUUGUAGGUGGAAGUGGGGGUGUAGGUGAAGGUGGAGGUGGAUUUGGAGAGAUAACUCUAAAUGGCAGUGUUAGUAUAGGUGUAGGAGAAGGUGUGGCUGGAGGGGGAGGUGGGUGGGGAGGUGGGUGGGUAGGUGGGCAUAGUUAG